AUGAGUCUCGUUGAUUAUGGAUUCUAUUCCGACGAGGAGGAGGAUGAGGCCGGCGAUGUGAAGGAGCUGGCUGGUGCGACUGAAGCAGGCGCAUCUCCGGGAAUACUCGCGGAGGGGGAGGACGCGAUCGGAACUAUGGGGACGCGGCCGCGAGAAGCUCUGUCGUCAGUUGUCGCUGUGUCAGGCGAGCUUUCUGAAGGACCGGGGGCCCCGGGCGACUUGCCUGGGGAUGAGUCCGGAAAAAAACAUCUCGAGGAACCCGGUAGCGAACCUGGGGGUUCUGAAUCCGGUGAGCGUGAGCAAGGCGGGCGAACACGUCGUCCAGAGGCCGAUGUGACUCCAAGUGAGGGCAGGGAGCUUCUCGAUCCAGACGGGAGUGCCGAGGGUGGAGACCAACCCAGUUCGAGCCAUGAUCAAGGCCACAGACGCACGACAGCAGGGGCACGCCAGGCUCACCAGAGACAGAUCUACGCCAACGGUCGACCCCCAACGGAAGGUCACGUUAGUUUGAUGCCGCAAGUGCCGGCAGGCGAGGUUCCUCAGGAGCUUCUGCGAACGGUGGAGCGUCUUCAGCAGCUAAAGCGACGAGGCAUCACCGUUAACGGCAACAUUGCGGCUUCGCUCGAUUUCAAAAAUCCUUACCUGUUAGAGAAAAUUAUGAAAGUGUUCGCCAUUGACCCGUAUUGCUCCAACUACCCUCCGUCAGUCUUCGACCCGGGAAGCGUGACACCUUGGGAGUGCGACGGCGGUGUCUCCUUCGCAGUCCAUCUUAUGAGACGAUUCGAGAGUCGCCGCCAACUCGCGCGACGCACAGAAUCCCACAGUGGUCGCGAGCUGGAGCGAACUACACCGCCGCUUUCCAGCAGUGCGGUGCCCUCCGUUCCGCUCGCCUCUUCCACGUCGGCCUCUACAGCAAGCGGUGCUCUCGUCGCUUCUUCGUCAGCUUCUUCGUCUUCAGAGUUCCUACACGGCACGGCCAAUGGCAGCAUCCGUCAGAGUCAAACGCGGUCGCGGUUUGAGCGCAUCAGCCCUCCCGCCUCGCAGCUUGCAGAGCAGACGAGCACCCAGCUGGCCAGCGCCGCUGCGGCCUCAGCGAGCAUGGCGGCUGCGUCCCAGCUUUCAGCCGUCAUUCAGCAAGCAGCGCUGAAAGCCGCGGCGGCUCAAGCGGGCGCCGUGGCGUCUGCGGUUCAGCAGCAACUGCAGCAGCGGCUCCUCGCCGGCCAGUCAGGGUUCUCUCAGCAGAAGUCAUCACUUCUUGAGGCUUCGGCGGCAGCUGCUGCAGCUUCCGCGGCGUCGCGGAGCCAUGCGAGGGUUCAGCAGGACGGGGCUGGAGGCGUGGGCGUGAACAGCUUCAAUCACCGCCCGAUGCUGCGCGUGCCCUCGCCGUCUGGGGCGGGAAGCCAUCCCACGGCGGAGCUCAGUCGAGCCGUGCGUGGGGGAAAUGACGCCGACUCCACUUCCAAGAAACGAGCGCGCGACGGCGCGGGGACGCCGGCAGGUGGCAGCCAUCAGACUGACAGCUCUCAGCGGGGACGCAGCGGGGAGUCGGGCACGAAACUCUCGACUGCGACGACCAGGUGGGGCGACGCGCCGGAUGACUGGGGGAAACGGGGAGGCUCUUCCUCAUCGGCACUGCGGAAAUAG